AUGUACCCUGUCAAGAGCGAAGACCUCGAGACCCUGGUCGAACAAAAUACUAUCCUGUUUCUCGAUAUGAAUUCCUGGCCUGCUGGCUAUGUACGUCGCGUAAUCGAGCGUAGUCCCAGUUACAUCACCACAAAGGACGGUAACAAGACUCUUCCAGCCGAACUUUGGUACAUGAUCCUAUCUUUCUUGGAAGAACACCAGUAUUGGCCCGUCUACCCUGUCAAAAUGUCCUCUGUCCAACUGGAUCACGAAAAUCGAGAACCUGCUUUCAUCUGCAACAUAGUCACCGACUGGCGGAGAUUUGGCAGUGUCGAGAACCCCAAUGACCUUCAUGAUUACGAGAACUAUCUCAUGGACCCAAUUGGAAUAGAUUACUAUGAUUUUCUCAAACAAGUCUUUGACCAACCCUACAAGGACCGAGGGUCCAACCAAGAAUCCUCCGACGAGCACGAGCACGAGGGAGAAGAGGAAGAGGAAGAGAAAGAGGAAGACAAAAUCGAAGAGGAAUAUGAAGACGAAAUCGAAGAGGAAUAUGAAGAUGAAAGUGAAAGUGAAGAUGAAGAUGGUUAUAUGAUCAUAUCUCCUUUUAUCGACAUGUCCAAAACAGUACUGCCAGAUCAAUCCUUCACAAUUCCUGUUUCCGACCUGGACUCCGAACAACCUUUCCUCUACUGGGGUGUGAGGGCCCCUGAAAUGAUUUCCUGGCUUGAAGAGGGAAAAUGUGAGCUGUGCCGUGGCGCUCGUGAGUUUUGUGUUGGAUGCUUGGACGGCAGGGAUGUUCUGGAAAGGUUCACCGGGCUGGAUGCUGCAAGACUUGGGGGGGAUUGCGGAACAAUCAUGCUUUGCCCAUUAUGUAUUGGGGAGGACUACGCAAAGAACAGUGUUUACGCAACGUCUGACAGGGCUAACGGCAACAUGUCAGUUGAAGAGUUCGCUGAAAGUUGCAACCAACGUAUGAAGGAACUUGGCUACAAGAAAAGUUUAGUUUUGAUGAGGAAUCUUUAA